AUGAGUUCAGUCCAGUCGCUGGGCCUCCAUGAACCCUCCGCCCUUCCCUACCUCGUCGGAGAGUCGAUUCUUCCCGCUGACCCAUCGCCUUCUCUCUAUAAAUGGUCACUCUUUCACACUCCCAGUGACCAAGGCACAGAGUCUAUCGAGGAAGAGAUCGUGAUUACUGGGUCGUGUGUAGUUUGGUCGAGAAAUGGUCUGGUCAAACGAACACUCAAUCUCGACGUUGAGGGCGAGCCCAUUUUACAUGCUUUUGUCACAGACUUCAAGUCAGGCGACCAUCCCAGCGAGGCCGAAAAGGACAGUGUUCGUCCUACAUCCUUAGAGCGCGGCCUCGUCAUUGUCCUCAAGACUCAGGCCCAUAUAUUCCUCCUUUCCGGAGACACUCAUGUCGUGCCUCUGUCGUUCGAGGUGGAAAGCGCCUUUCCUUUCCCCUUUGGCUUCGUCUUGCAACGAACAUUGGGUGAGGAUGAGUUAUUAGGACGAAACUCUCUUCCUGCUUUACACCAUGACCUGAGUACUAUUAAUGAAACUCUCACCACUAUCGGUGGUACCAGCUCCAGGCCUUCUUUGCUGUCACCUGGAAAACAAAAUGACUUCCCAAAGCCUCUUCAGUCGAACACGCGUGGUAUUCCCCGUACAUUCUCCUACACCGAGGUCAUGUCGGAAUUGGGUUUGGUUGUCUGGAGUCCGAGCCGACGAGGAGAACCCUUGGACAACUGCAAAGCACUCCCUCGCACUGAAAAGAUCAUAUUUAUCUCUCCUUGCUCAGAGCUAGGCCUGCAUUUCCCGAGCAGUCCGCCACUGUCGAUUGCUCUGACGUUGAAUGAAACUAGCUCUUCCUUCACUUUAUGGCAUGUUACUCCGGAGACUCCAGAUCACCCGCAUGGAACCCAGCGCCAGAACCGCGGCUCUACGAGAUCCCGCCCUUCCUUGAGGAAAAGCUCAAACAUUUAUUCUAGAGAGCCCGGAGCAGUCACGCCUGCCGCCCGAGGCUCUGGCCAUCUCAGAGAGAGUUUGAAUGCUGCCGCUCAAAAUCAGCCUCACGGGGAGGGUCUUUUUACGUCAGUGAACGAGGAGAAGUCAUUCCCAAUCAGUGACCUUGCUUCACACUUAGGUCCCGAAUUCGGUGAUAUCGGUGUGCAAACUCGUUCCGCUCGCAGAGUUAGUUCAAUGUUAGCAAGAACAGAGCUGGGUGCGGGAAAUGAUCGAAAUACUUUCAAUGAUCUAGCUAUGGGCCACCCAGGCCGUCAGAGCCUCAACAGAGUAGGAAGAAGAGGAGAAUCAAUAGGAAGUUUCAACGAUCGGCAAAGCUUUGGGUUCCGCCGCAGAAGCUCCUUUCCCACGAAUGCAUCCAUGCUGAGUGCUGGUACUUCAUUUCUAGACUUAUCUGCUCGUGGAUUACUAGAUGAAUUUGACCCCUUACAUCAUUCCGCUCGACUCGAGGAUGAUGCUUCUGACGGCUCAGAUACCAAUCUUCCUAGAGACAUCGGCUUCUUCAAGGUUAAGAACUUCUCAAGAUCCGUAGGCUCUGAAAGUCCUGUGGUCGAUACAGAUAUCAAAGUACUAGCACUGAGUCCGCAUGGCACAUCUCAGCGAGGCAACGUUCGAGCGACAGACUUGUAUAUCUGCAUCAUAGACAAAAGUCGCCAGGAGAUGAUUUUGGUCAAACUCUUGGUAAAGUAUCACGAUCGAAAAAUGGGCAAGAAGGACCCUGAAAAAGCGACAUUCGAGGUGAAAGCCACCGAUCUGCGAAGACUCAGCGGCAUCAGCGAUGCCUGCAAGGUGCAAGAGGGCCAUAUCCAGCGUCUUGUUGUUCUUACUCAAUCUCGAACUCAGCAAACUACUCUACAUCUAGAGGCUCCAUGGUCUCCAUCAUAUCCAAUUGAGCUCGUGCAAAGUUUUGGCAUAUUUGAUCCUUUAGUAAAUACACAAAUGGCCAGCCCGAAGAAAAGCGAAGAGACCGGCAUCAGGAGGAUUAUUCCGGGCAACAAUGUUCGCGUACAAGCCUUAGGGCAGUCAGGGGUUCAGGGUCGGUUCUAUGCUAUGGAUCAGGAUCGGCGAGCACAUACUAUACAGCUCCAUCUGCGACCAAAAGAUCCUCUGAUUGCCGCUAUUCUUCAGAUGUGCGACAUCGUCAGCGGCACUGACCAACACGAAGCCUUACUGGUUGCUUUCUGGGAAGUUUCCCGUUGGCUGAAAGGUAAAGGAUCACCAGUAGCAUCAGAAUGGACGACCCUUGUAAUCGUCCUCUUUUCGUUGGCCACUCCCUUCAUCAGUACUACACCACAAACACACAGCCACAGGCGGAAGAAGAGUGCAUUACUUCGCUCAAGCAGUGGAACUGCUGUUGAUCUUACGAGCUAUGAUGCGAUGCAUAAUGAUGAACACGAAAUAAAGCUGAGGUCUGAAACCCGGGAUCCGGCCUGGAGCUGGCUGUUACAAAAGCAACCAAAUGCAGUCAACGCUACAGCGAGAGUGAAGGGUACAAGGCUUGCGCCAACCAUGUCUCCGGACAGCGCCGUCGUAGAGGGAAAGCACAACACCUUCAUUGUCAAAUGCAUUGCUUUGGCCAAAGAAUAUACACAGACACCGAUGGGUGAAAACGCUAUUGGACCAGAAGGAUACCUACCAACCUCCAUCAGCAAGAACCGAGAGCAACGGUGCAACGCUGUCGCAAGCAUACUAAUUGGGUUGCAUCUUCUGUACGAAGAGAACAAGCUCACAGUGUCUGCGACUUCAAGACUAGGCUCACCCGAGACAUGCCUUGUGUUCAUCAUGGCGCAACUCGGCCACUGGCUCGGAUGGAAGGACUGGACCUGUCAACCAAAUACUUACUACGAAUUUGAAGCCUCGGAAUCACAGGAGUGCCUUUUCGAGUUGACUCUCAUUGAUGGUCUCCAGAUGCCUUCACAGCCAUUUGAGCCGCCAUCAAUUUAUGCACAUCUCGAAGAUUGGAUCAAUGGGAAUCCGUUACGUCCAUUCCUUACGUUGGCCAGAGUUGCUGGGGUAGGGUCUCAGGCAAUGGGCAUGGAGGAUUCUUUGUGGCAACGAGUUUCUGCUCUCACACCCCGUACAUUAGCAUUACUGUCGUAUAUGCAGUCCAGUAAGGAUCAAAUCGGUACUCAGCAGACCAUUCAUAUACUCUCGAAGGCUGGAAUUGACAAAGACAUGAUCAAAACGUUUCCAGAUGGAAUCGCAGCUGCCAUUUAUCAAGCCAUAUUUUCAAAGCGCUCCAGUCUCAAUGUUGGCCCUACACAUGACGGAAAGAUAUCCCAGCGGCUUAUUCCUAUGAUUGGCACUACGUCUGAAUUUCUCCAUUCACCACUCCACAAAGCAAUUCUCAUGCCAAACCAUGGAGCAGUACGAGACUAUCAUACAAUAUGCUCAUCGGCAUUGGAGGCCGAAACACUUCAACGAUGGGACGCCUCCUCUGAAGCUGAUCGUCAUGCCGUCACGAAAUUACUGUUCAGUGAAGACCGCCGAUUCCCGGAAGCUUCGAGGCUUGUAAACCAAACAAGGCCACCUGUUGUUGAAUGUACGCCCGAACCAGACUGGACUGAGAUAGAACUGUUGGAAGCUCAAAAGGAGCUUGCACAGCAUGUUACCCGACGAACACUGUCAGUGGCUACGGGGCGUGGAAUGAUGCACUUCAACGCUCGAGUUCCUUUACUUACGGAAAGAGUACCAAUUCCAGCUUUCAGUUUACAGUGCAUCAUGAAAUCCCGACGCUCAACAGAAGGUACGCAGGCGAUGACGUUCAGCGCAGACAAAGGAGCUUUCACGGAGGAGAAGGUUUGUUGGGCGUUCUUCCAUAAUGGGGCCUCGAUGGGUUUGAUGAUUGCAAACGACGCUCAGGGGAUUGAUACAUCCUGGAUCCUCUAUAACAGACCCCCGGAGUUAACAAAUCGACACGCUGGCUUUCUCCUCGCUCUAGGUUUGAACGGACACUUGAAAUCGUUGGCAAAAUGGGUCGCAUUCAAAUACCUCACACCCAAACAUACUAUGACCUCUGUUGGUCUCAUUCUCGGGCUUUCAGUAUCAUUUCUUGGAACCAUGGACACGCUCAUAACUCGACUACUCUCCGUCCAUGUCACUCGUUUACUUCCUCCUGGUGCAGCCGAGCUAAACUUAUCACCUCUGACUCAAACCACCGGAAUCAUUGGCAUUGGUCUCCUCUACUGCAAUUCGCAACAUCGCCGAAUGUCGGAGGUUAUGCUCUCGGAAAUUGAGAACAACGAUCCAGAGGAGGGCGCCGCUGCUGAAACGGUGCUUCGUGACGAAGGCUAUCGACUUGCCGCUGGGUUUUCGUUGGGACUCAUCAAUCUUGGGCAUGGAAAACACCUGCAUGGUCUUCAUGACAUGAGUGUCGUUGAACGUCUGCUUGCUAUUGCGGUGGGGACGAAGAAUGUGAAUAUGGUUCAUGUUCUUGAUCGUGCCACUGCAGGUGCCGUGAUGGCUAUGACGUUUGUAUUCCUCAAGACGAACGAUGAGUCCAUCGCUCGAAAGGUCGACGUCCCUGAUACUUUACAUCAAUUUGACUAUGUGAGGCCUGACGUCUUUCUACUCCGCACAUUAGCUCGCCAUCUUAUCAUGUGGGACUCUGUCAAGCCCACAGUUGAUUUUAUUCGCGCGUCCCUACCACAGCCAUAUCAUGGACGGGUUGAUCUGAAAUCUACCAAGUUUCUCAGUACGGAGGAUAUGCCAUUCUUCAACAUUGUUGCUGGACUAUGUCUUGCUAUCGGACUGCGCUUUGCUGGGUCUCAAAGACACGACGUUCGCGAUUUACUUAUUCAAUACCUAGACCAGUUUCUUCGGCUUAGUCGACUUCCGGCGCGCAAUUAUGACGCUCGUGUUACGCUAAAUAGCACGCGAAAUUGUCUCGAUACUGUCGCACUGGCUACAGCGGCUGUAAUGGCUGGAUCAGGCGAUUUGCUUGUCAUGCGCCGCCUGCGUGCCCUACAUGGCCGGACAGACGGGGAUACGCCAUUUGGCAGCCAUCUUGCCGCUCACAUGGCAUUAGGUGCACUAUUCCUUGCUGGAGGAACAAGAACCUUUGGAACCUCAAACCUUGCUGUUGCGAGUCUCUGCAUGGCGUUCUAUCCUGUUUUCCCUAAUGAUGUUCUUGAUAACCGGGGCCACUUGCAGGCUUUGCGCCAUUUGUGGGUACUUGCUGUGGAAGGGAGGUGCCUCGUCGCAAAAGACCGAGCGGAUGGGUCCGUUAUCGGUGGUAUGACUGGGACUAUUCAGCUAAAGAAUGGCGAAACUCGAUCCCUACGGGUUCCGGGUCUGGUUCCGGAGCUGGAUACUAUCACUACCAUCGAGGUCAAAGGUGAAGGGUUUUGGGAUGCUGUGCUUGACUUCAGCUCUCCCGAAAAUGCGUCAAGGUUGGAAGCCCAAAUCAGGAAAGACAAUGCUGUCAAUGUCUUCAUUUCUCGACGUGUUGCAUAUGACAAGCCUCCACAGGAUCUCUUUGCUGCUGAGUUCCAGGCUAGAAGUGAGGCUAGUGGUAUACCUAGUGUGGACCCAAAUGCCGAUGUCGCUCCUGGCUUCAGCGUUGGACUAUCAGGGGGGGGGGCAAAACGUGCCAACCCGUUUGAGUGGUUAUUUGAUCUUGAUUCCCUCAAGAACUUUGACCAUGCAGAGCGGGCCCUUGUUCUUCAAGCAAACACGAAAACUGGAAACGAUGCGUUCAAUCAAACAGUUGUAGACACGAGGCUGGAGUUUGAGAAAGGAAUUCUGCCGCAAGAAUUGGCGAUCGUGACAUCCGCAAGGAAGGAUUUAGAGGUGCAGAAGAAUAAGCUUUGGCAGUUGAGACUCUUAUUUGCGUGGUUCGACCGCUGGGAGAAAGAAGAUCAAGAAAUCCAGCAGCAGGUGGACGACAAGCACGACAGGUUAGAAGCUUCGAAUGAUAUUGUGAAGAGCACGAACAUAGUCGAUAAUGACGACAAGUGGUUCACAAGCUCAGGAGGCACUUACUUGAGAAGGGAAGUCAUCGAGCGCUUAAGGUAUCGGGUAUGGCAGAUGACGAUAGGGGAGGAUGGUAAAGACACCCUAGACAUAUGA